GGCCAAUCGUACACGAGCGUUUUAUGUAAUGCGAGGUAAAAUGGCGUCGUCUUAAUCGUAAUUUUGAUUCUUUUGUUUUGAGAAAAACAUAUACGAUUUCAAAAUGACAGAGUACGUUACUGUUGAAAACAACAAGCGAUUGAGAGUUUCCAAUGACGAAGCGUCGGCUGAAGCUACAGUUUUAGAAAAGAAUGGACACGCUGAGUUAAUUCCUGACCAGGUUCAGAGCGUCGAGUCAUCAGUAAUAGAAACAUGCAAGAGUGACGCUGCAGUCACAGGCAACGGCAAUGCUUGUUCAACAACACACAAGGAGGAAGUGUCCCCCAAAGAGCACAAAGAUCUUACACCAGUAUCCUUCACAGAACACAAUGAAUCCAGCCCACCACCUCUCACAAAGCACAAAGACUCUGCCCUGCCCUCGUCUACAGAACACAAAGAUCCGCCCACACAAUCCCUGACAGAAUCUACACUGCCGUUGCCCGCACAAGUUGUGUCUAGUACACUGGGAACGGAGGAGGACAAUGCUGACAUCGCCGACGAACCAACGAAAGAAACAAACGUGAACGACGACGAAAACAAGGACGCAGAAGUCAACAGCGGUGCAAACAAGGAGACGGAGGCCACCGCUGAAGGAAUUUUAGAUGCAGGGGUCAACACCGAGGCAAGUAAAGAGCCAGAGGUUGCCGUUAAGGGAGCGAAGGUCGGUGGCAACGCGGGCAAGGUCGCGGACGAGUGCUCGGAGGAGGACAGCCACGAUUCGCGGCUCGCGACGUCGACGGCCGACGAAUCACACGACGGCGUUGAGCACAGCGAGGACAGCAACUCUCGUCUCGCGGAGGGCGAGGAUGCCGAGGAGGAGGAGAUCGAAGAGGAGGACGAGGCACCUUCGCCGAACUUUCACUUCCGUGAAGUGAAGGGCGACAUAUUCUCGGCAUCCGACACAAAGUCUCUAGCUCACUGCAUCUCACGCGACCGCGUUCUAGUGAAGGGUAUCUCAAAACACUUCAAGAAGAAAUUUGGCGGUGCCAAGGAUCUGAAAGACCAGAACAAGGAGGUGGGCGCGGUGGCGGUGCUCAAGCGCGGCCAACGCUUCAUCUACUACCUCGUCACGAAGGACAAGCACUUCCAGAAGCCGACGUAUGCGGCGCUGCGGCAGUCGCUGCGUGCGACGCGUGAGCACUGCCGCCAGCACCGCGUCAAGCACCUGUGCAUGUCGCGGCUCGGCUGCGGCCUCGACGGGCUCGACUGGACGCGCAUGUCGGCGAUGAUCGUCUCCAUCUUCAAGCCGCUCGCCAUCACCGUCUCUGUCUACUACUUGUAGUGCUGUCGGAGGAGGAGGGGGAGGGUGUGUGUGUGUGUGUGUGUGAGUGUGCGUGCGUGCGUGUGUGCAUGUGUGCGUCUGUGAGAGAGUGCAUGCAUGAGUGGAACCAUGUUUGUAUGAUUCAGGCUGUGCGCAUGUGCGUGCGUUUGUUUGUACGCAAGUGUACGUGUGUGUGCCUGUGUGUGUGCGUGCGUACAUGUGUGCGUGUGCCUGGAUGUGUGUGUGUGUGUGUGUGUGUGUGUGUGUGUGUGUGUGUGUGUGUGUGUGUGUGUGUGUGUGUGUGUGUGUAGAGAAGAGAGACUUGUGUAGCGUUUGUGUGGAGGACAUGACGAUACACACCACAGCUUUGUACUGUUGUCUCGUUCUCACAUACAGCUGCCAGCAGUCCCGGAGAUGUCACCAUGUUCAACUAGAUGAGAUAUUCACUAAGUAAAGUGUUCCAUAAUAUUUUCGAUCGAUGCAUUUGGUCUGUGUUCGUACAGUGCACUGAGGCGCCACCUGCGUAGCCAAGUGCCGACGUCCCGCGGGUGCGACGGCCGUCGCAGCGUCGUUCGCGUGUGCGCUUCUCGUAGCGGCGCCCUCUAGUGGCUCGCCAGCCGCGGCGUGCGGGCAUCCCGCGAAUGGGAAUUAAAGCACGGUCGGUAGAGCGCUCGUUGCCGUAGCGACGGGAAGUGGCGGGCGUUUGGAGUGCGCGCGAUUAACAAUGUGAGCGGCGUCGGCGGCGAGGAGGCGAACGCGGGAAGAGUCCGGCAUCCGGCUCGCUCCAGCCGCGCUGAUAUAAAAAACAUUGCUCAUCGUCCAGAUCGCACAAGGAUGCUGUCGCGCGUGCGUGCGGGAAGCUGAGAACGUCACAGGGUCGUGUUGUUGUGGUCGAGAUUGGAACGUGCCAAGUGCUGCUCUCGUCCGCACUCUCUGCUCAUUGUCUGUUCUCUGUCCUGUCCCCUCCCUGUCCAUUCUCACGCUGUCCACUCACACGAGUGCGUGAGAGGGCAAGGGCACACAGUGCGAUCGUCACAUUGGCCAUCCUGAUGCGCAAUUCAGAAUUCCAGAAUCGCGCGGAGCACGGGGGGUCGGCUCGUGCGUGCACGUGUUUGCUGCCAGUCGGCCUUUUUAGCUCAGCUGACGAAGUCAGAUGCAGCUUGUAGCAGUGAA